CUCUCCCUGCCUAAGGGCUCAGGCUCUCCGUGCCUGUCAAGUAAGACUGAAGCGAGGGCAAGGGUGAGUCGCAAAAGGUCGUAGUGUGGUGGUUCCCGGCAGGCUCCACUGCAGAGCUGAGUCAGAGAUGUCGGCCGCCGCUGGCGGGGAAGCUCCUGGCCCACCGAGGGGUUUCGCCAAACGAGUCCUGGUCACGGGUGGUGCUGGCUUCAUUGCAUCACAUGUGAUAGUCUCUCUAGUAGAAGAUUAUCCAGACUAUAUGAUCAUAAAUCUUGACAAGCUGGACUACUGUGCAAGCCUGAAGAACCUUGAAACCAUUUCUAACAAACAAAACUACAAGUUUAUACAGGGUGACAUUUGUGAACCACACUUCAUAAAACUGCUUUUUGAAACUGAGAAGGUAGAUAUAGUACUACAUUUUGCAGCUCAAACACAUGUAGAUCUUUCAUUUGUCCAUGCCUUGGAGUUCACUUAUGUCAAUGUUUAUGGUACUCAUGUUUUGCUGAGUGCUGCUUAUGAAGCCAGAGUAGAGAAAUUCAUUUACGUGAGCACUGAUGAAGUAUAUGGAGGUAGCCUUAAUGAGGAAUUUGAUGAGUCUUCACCAAAACAACCUACAAAUCCUUAUGCAUCAUCUAAAGCAGCUGCAGAAUGUUUUGUACAGUCUUACUGGGAACAGUAUAGGUUUCCGGUUGUUAUCACAAGGAGCAGUAAUGUUUAUGGACCACAUCAGUAUCCAGAAAAGGUUAUUCCAAAAUUUAUAUCUUUAUUGCAACACAACAGAAAAUGUUGCAUUCAUGGUUCAGGACUCCAAAAAAGAAAUUUCCUUUAUGCUGCUGAUGUAGUAGAAGCUUUUCUCACCGUUCUAAAGAAAGGGAAACCAGGUGAAAUUUAUAACAUAGGAACCAAUUUUGAGAUGUCAGUUGCACAACUUGCCAAAGAAUUGAUACAAUUGAUCAAAGAAACCAAUUCAGAGUCUGAAAUGGAAAAUUGGGUUGAUUAUGUUGAUGAUAGACCUUCCAAUGACAUGAGAUAUCCUAUGAAAUCAGAAAAAAUGCAUGGUUUGGGAUGGAGACCUAAAGUUCCCUGGAAAGAAGGAAUAAAGAAAACAAAUGCUAUACAUCCCUGCACAGACAAGACUCCUAUAGCAUUUGCUGGCAAGUUGUCAUCCAAAUUUUGCUUAAAGACAUCUAAGAAUGAGGAACAUGCUACACUUCCCCUCAUCCCUACCCUCCACUAUAGGACUCUAAAUUUGUCUGUAUUAAAUUUCAUCUUUUUGUUUCUUGGAAAGGAUAGAAUUAUGAACUGAAUUUUCUAGGGUCCUAAUUCUAUCAUCCAUCAUAUUAGCAGGACCUCUCAACUUCAUGGCAGCCAUAAUUUCAAUAAGUUUGCUCUGUUUUCAGCAGAAUCAUUGACAAAAGUGUUGGACAUAACCUGACCAAGGGCAAGAACUUGUGACUUUUCACUAAAUGUUGUCCUCCAGAUUAACAUUGAUUCAUUCAUUAAUCACCACUUUUUGGAUCAGGACAAUCAAUCAGUCCCACCACCUACCUAAAUUAGGGUUAGAAAGAUUUUGUCAAAUGUCAUGCUGUAACCUUUUUCCUUUGGUGAGGAGGUUGGGGGAAUGAGUCUGAUUUCAUUCAUGUGAGGAAAUUCCUUCCACCAAUGCAGAUCAGCAGCUGUUCUGCAACUUAUAGUAGUAGAGAGUUACCUGAGACAGUGAGGAGUUAAAUGACUUGUCUUAGGUCACUGUUAGUUUGUGUCAGAAUGGGAACUUGAACCCAGGGCAUCUGAGGCUGGUCUUCUCUCCACUAAACCAUGCUAAGCCACUGUACUGAACUGCUUAUCUAUAUCUUUGCUUUGGUUUACUUAUUUAGUAACCUUGUCAGAAAGGGAAAUAAGGUUGGUAUGGUAUGAUUUGUUCUUAAGGAGCCCCUUUCUGUUGUAUGCAUCACCUCUUUCCUUUCUAAGUGCUUACAAAUUACCCCUUUAAUAAUCCAUUCUAGAAUUUUACUUAGUAAAUGAGGUCAGGGUUCUUUGCCCAUAGUUUAAAGCAUCCACUUUUGGGGGGUGGGGUGUGAAAAUAUGAGUGUUCUUAACACAGCUCUGCAGCAAUUUUCCCAUUCACCAGGAUUCCUUGAAAAGAUGACCCAACAGAAAUUUAACAGUCAACAUCUACAGGUUUUUAGUGUCCUGAGGUAUAAUUUACCUGUGACAUUUGAUAAAGCUAUUUCAUUACUUAUUUUGAGUUCUAAUUCACGCUUAAUUCUUCUUGGAAGAUAAAAUAGAAGCAGAAUAGGAGUAAAGUAAUUGUUCUUUCUCUCAGCGGUCCUUGAUCAUCUUCCUAGCCAUCAUACUGUGCCUUUCUUGAUCUGCCUGUUGCCUUCCAAAAUAGCUUUUAGAUACAUUUUAUUGAUGGCAUUAAAAAAUUGUCUUUAUCUUUGCAGACGUUAUCUCUCUGUUGGGUUCCUUCCCCUUCCCAAUUGAACAGUUUAAAAAACCACUUAUUAGAAAUAUUCUGUCUAGCAAAGAAAAUUCCCAUAUUAGACGUCUCCUCUUACCACAGAUCUGAAAGGUCAUUUCUUCCUUGUUCCUCUGAUUUGCUUCUAAUGUCACCUUUUUAUGUCUAAGUCAUGUGUCCUUUUGGAGUUUAUCUGGCAUAUGGUUUUGAGGUGUUGGGUCGUUGCCUAUUUUCUGCCCAGCCACUUCACAAUUGGCCACUUCUGGUGGCCCAGAAAUGAAUAGUGACAGUUGGGGAGGCCAUUACUUCCUUUUUUUUUUUUGUGAGGCAAUAGGGGUUAAGUGACUUGCGCAG